AUCAUUACUUUCUUCUCAGGUUAUAAUCCUCGUAAGAUCGAUCAAGCGUAAGCAAAAGAGAUGGCCCAAAAGCUGGAGGCUAAGGGUGGUGAGAAAGGUGAUUUAUGGGAUGAUGGUGUUCACGAAAAUGUUAGAAAAGUUUGUGUAGGGCAAGGCCAAGAUUGUAUAUCCUUCAUCAAGUUUGAGUAUGUCGAUGGUUCUCAAGUGGUUGUUGGAGAUGAACAUGGAAAACACACACUCCUAGGAGUUGAGGAGUUUGAGGUUGAUGCAGAUGACUACAUCAUAUACGUGGAAGCUUUCUGUGAGAAAAAAACUGAAGAGACUAUCGUGGCUCUAAAGUUUGCGACUUAUAAAGGGAAAACCAAUCAGGAGUUCCAGACGAGUCCGGGGGUAAAGUAUGUUCUCCAAGGUGGCAAAAUCGUAGGGUUUCACGGGCGUUCGUCCGAUGUUCUACACUCUCUUGGAGCCUAUGUUUCUUUCCCAUCCACUCCUGAAUUGCUUGGAAAGUGGGCUAAGGUGGAGCAAAAAGGAGAAGGUCCAGGGCUAAGAUGCUCACAUGCCAUAGCACAAGUAGGAAACAAGAUUUACUCCUUUGGUGGUGAGUUCACACCAAAUGUGCCUAUUGACAAGCAUCUUUGCGUCUUUGACCUAGAGACCAAGACUUGGUCCAUUUCACCAGUCACGGGGGACGUUCCGCACCUCUCUUGCUUAGGCGUCGGUAUGGUGUCCGUUGGAUCAACCCUCUAUGUCUUCGGAGGCCGAGACUUUUCCCGAAAGUACAACGGUCUCUACUCUUUUGACACGACCACGAAAGAGUGGAAACUGCUAACUCCCGUGGAAAAAGGACCCACUCCUCGUAGCUUCCACUCUAUGGCAGCCGAUGAGAACAACGUUUAUGUUUUCGGUGGAGUGAGUUCCAAGGAGCGUCUCAAGAACCUAGACGCCUACAACAUCGUUGAGAAGAAGUGGGUACAGUGUGCGACUCCAGGAGAAUCGCUUAGCGCAAGAGGAGGAGCCGGGCUCGAAGUAGUGGAAGGAAAGGUUUGGGUUGUUUAUGGGUUCGACGGAUGUGAAGUAGAUGAUGUUCAUUACUACGACCCUGUUGAAGACAAGUGGACACAAGUGGAGACAUAUGGUGAGAAGCCUUGCGCGAGGAGCGU